UUUUUAUGUUUUUAUUCUACAAAUCUACAUUUUUUCCCCUUUUUGUUAUGAACGUCUAGUUUUAGAGUUUUGUUUUGAGUGUGCAGCAGAGGUCACGAUGCAGGCCAUUCAGACGGUGGAGACGCAGGUCCCCAUUCUGAGGGAGAGCGUCUUCAGCACUCCUUUCUCAGGCGGGAGGAAGGGCAGCGAGUCUGGCCUGGGCAGCCUCAGGCAGCUGCAGUACCGGCAGCCGGCAGUAGAGGGAGCCCGGCCCCUGGGGCGCUCUGCCAGCGUGCCGCUGCACAGAGUCACAGAGCAGGCGCUGGCUGCUCUUGCAUCAGCAGCGGCGGUAAGUCUGUGGGACUCAGAGAGCGCAGGGGCUCAGAGAGGCAGGUCCAGCAGUCUGCAGGAGCGGGGGGGCCUCGUCGCCGUGGGAGCCCAUCUGCCGAGCGUCAUGGGAAAUCAGGAUGGGAAGCGCAGGAGACCCGCGGAGGAGGCCGGCGCCGGGCGCGACAAGGUGGGCGGGGUCAGGGAGGGAACGCGCACCAGAAAAGCCCAAAGCAAGCCGGGCUGCCAAGGGCUGGACUCCGGCAAGAAGAAGCCCGGGUCGGACUCCAAAACCUCGGUCUUCUCCGGCCUCAGGAUCCGGAAGGGUCUGCCCAAGGGGAAAGAGCGGAAGGGAAAAGGCCCCUCCAGGGGAUCGAAGGAGGAGGGGCUGGACACCCUGACCUCCCGGAGCGGCCAUGGGGGCGACCUGCGGCCCCUCCCGCCUGAAGCCGCUGAAGCCAGCCUCUCCGCGGAGGAGCCGGGGCUAUCCGACACCGAGCCAGAGCGCAGCCGGCAGUCCACCGCAGACGCCGCCGGCAACCAAGAGGCGGGCGGGGCCAGCUCGGCCUCGGACGCCGACAUCAACAGCUUCCACUCAGCCCUGGAGCGGGAGGAUCAGCUCUCGCACUCCCAGCCGGAUCUGGGACUGCUGCAGGAGGUCGCUGAGGCAACAGCAGCAGGCUCUGCCCAGAAGACGAGCAGCCAGCCCCCAGCUGAUCUUACAUCCCGCCCUCUGCACUCUGAACCAAUCACAGUCCUCAAAGGAAUCUCAGCGCGAGAAAUCAGUCUGGCUGCUGAAAUUGGUGAACAAUUGAGUGCCCGAGAACGGGAAAGCCAAUCAGAUACUGCUGUGAAUGGCCUGAAUGAUGAUCCAGCCCUCAACAGCCGCUCUGAGACACGCCCACUGCUACACCACAUCCUUCCGCCCACCGCAAGUCAGACCAAUGAGAGAGCAGGAGAGUCCGUCUCCAGGGCAACCAGCUCGUGCAGCUUCCCUGACUCUACAACCUCAUUUGAAACUGCAGAAGAGGCUGAACAGGAAGUGAGCGGCGACCACAGGCCGGAGAGCCGGGGCAGCCCAGCCAGCGGUACCAAAGAGCCGGAGAAGGCUCCCCUGAGGGGCCCUGAGGCGCCAGAGUGCAUCAGCAAUGUGGAGCUCAGCUUUGAACGUCUACAAGAGCGCCCCCUGGAGGAGAAGCGCAAAAGCAGUGUUUCCUUUGCCCAGUGGGUAUCCGAAACCGAAACCCUCCACACCCCCUACCGGCGAAAGUCUUCUGUGUCUACCCUUCCUGUGAAGCUCUACCCCGCCAUCCAGCCCACCUACAUAAAAACCACCACCCGCCAACUGUCCGCCCCCUUCCCUUCCCAGGGACCCUCGCCCUCCCACAGCCCCCUGCUCCGGUUUGCAGGGCAGGGGGGGAGGAGACAGAGGUCCUGCAGCAUCGCCGGCCCCCUCACGCCCUUCACUGAUUGGACAGAGGAACUGAAGGCCGGGACAGGGGGCGCCGAGGCCGGGCUGGAGUCCGGCUGCCCCGAAGAGGGUCUUCAGUGGGGCAGCCGUGCGCUCUUCACCCGACGGAGGUGGUCUUCAUACACACCCUCCUCCUCCUCCGGCUUUCAGAAUGUGUUCACUGGGCGCACCCUGUUGGAGAAGGUGCAGCAGGACGAUGGCACUUGUCAGGAAGCAGAGAAGUUGUGCUCACGCAUCCUGGCCAUGGGUCUCCUCCUUCCCUUCAACGGCUGUCUCAAGGAGCAGGAAGGGGACACUGACACUGGUGUGCAGGACAGCCCGAAAUUUGACGGAGAUCAGCUGUACACUUGGGCAGUGGUCGGCCAGCCCUCCACAGGACGCAGCCAGGCCCUGUGGCCCCUGCCCAAACCAGGAGGGGGUGCCAGACCAGGCUUUAAGUACACAGAGGCAGAGCAUCAAGCAAUCAUCCUGGCCCUGCAAAAGCAAAAUAUGGAGGAACAGCAGCUGCAGGAGGAAUCUGCAAAACUGAAGGAGGAACACGUCAGUAUGAUUCAGGCACUGCAGCAAACCAUCCAGGAUUUAAGGGCCAAAAUAGCCCAGCUGGAGAAACAGUGCCCCCUGCUGGGGAAGGAUGGCUUUACCGAAGACCAGGCCUGCGAGAACAGGCAGGCGCAGCUGAAAGCUGUCAGCCUACAGACUGAGAGCAAUCUGGAGGCCAAGUCAGUGCAGACAUCACCUGCAGAUGAGGGCGUUUCAUUUAAAGUGCCUUUCCUGGAGACGUCACUGCCUCCCAAAGAAACGCCAGGGUUCGUCUGUACCUGCCAGCAGCAACAGAGAGGAUAUCAGACCCCACCCAUCCCUCCACCCCUACCAGAUUUACCUGUAGCCCCGCCGCCUCCCCCUCCUUUACCUGGACUGCCUAUGCCACCUCCCCCUCCUCCGUUACCAGGCAAUGCCAUGCAGGUCCCACCCCCACCCCCUCCCCCACUACCAGGACAAGCUGCAGGCCCCCCUCCACCACCCCCUCUCCCAGGCCUUGGUCCUCCACCCCCACCCCCACUCCCUGGGAUGGGACCCCCUCCACCUCCCCCUCUUCCAGGCCUUGGUCCUCCACCCCCACCUCCUCUUCCUGGGAUGGGUCCCCUGCCUCCCCCCUUGCCAGUGGGGAUGCUUGGCCUGACCCCCCCACAGGACAAGGGGCCACAGAAAGCUGCCAUCGAGCCCCCUCGACCCAUGAGGCCCCUGUACUGGACGAGGAUACAGCUACAUUCCAAAAAGGACAAGAAUGGUGCAUUGGUGUGGGAGAGCAUUGAAGAGCCGUCGGUUGAAUUUGAGGAGUUUGUCGAGCUCUUUUCCAAAACCGCCGUGAAAGAGAAGAAGAAGCCUCUAUCAGACACCAUCACAAAAUCAAAGGCCCAGCAGGUUGUGAAGCUGCUGAGUAACAAACGCUCCCAGGCAGUGGGGAUUCUGAUGUCCAGCCUGCACUUGGACAUGAGGGACAUCCAGCAUGCUGUUCUGAGCUUGGACAACUCUGUGGUUGAUCUGGAAACCUUACAAGCCCUCUAUGAAAAUAAAGCCCAGCAAGACGAACUGGAUAAAAUUGAAAAGCACAUCAAGUCAUCCAAAGAAAAUGAAAAAGCAAAGGCACUGGACAAGCCUGAGCAGUUCCUCUUUCAGCUGUCUCAAAUCCCUCAGUUCUCAGGAAGAGUGUUUUGCAUCCUCUUUCAAUCAACUUUUGUAGAAUGUAUUUCCUCUGUUGUCCGGAAGCUGGAGAUCCUUCAGAAAGUGUGCACUGCUUUGCGGGAUAGUGCAGAAGUGAGGUGUAUCCUGGGUCUGGUGUUGGCGUUCGGGAACUUUAUGAACGGAGGAAACAGAAGCAGGGGUCAGGCAGACGGCUUUGCCAUGGACAUCCUGGCCAAGCUGAAGGAUGUGAAAAGCACUGAUAACACACAAAGUCUGUUGUCCUAUAUUGUGUCUUACUAUCUGAAGCACUUUGAUGAGGAUGCCGGUAAGGAGACGUGCGUCUACCCACUCCCCGAGCCUCAGGACCUCUUCCAGGCUUCACAGAUGAAGUUUGAGGACUUCCAGAAGGAUCUGCGGAGGCUAAGGAAAGAUCUCAAUGCAGAUGCUGUCUCUCUCAGCCAUUUGCAGAAGUGGAAAACAUCAGAGUUGAUCUCAGGAAUACAAGUGUGGCAUCUCCACGAAAGAAGGAACGGAGGCCCACCUACAGUAUAAUCAAUGAGCGCAAACUUAAGUAAACAAACAAAUGAUUAGUACUGUUGGAAAAGUAAGUACCACUACACACCUAAUCUGUUUUUACACUGCAGUACCUCUCACAAUAACAUCCCGGAAGGAUGGCUAAAGAGGCUCAGGGGAGCCGUGGUGCAGCCAGGACAGAUGGAUGUGCAGGGUUUCUGCUCUCCUGACUGCAGAGUUGAGAAGCUCAUUCCACCGCCAGGGGGGCAGAAAAGGCAGGAGGUGUGACCAGGUAGUGUAGUUAUAUGAGGGGAGUGGUCAGGUCACCACAGUACUAUACCUGGUUGUUAUGGGUGCUUAGCAGAGCAAUAUUGACUUAACUAUUGGACUAAAGUAUGACGUCAUGGUUCUUUUGGCUGUCUGUGGAAAAUAAUGUGUUAGAUCUGUCAGAAAAGAAUUCAGCAAGAAGAAGAACAGGACAAGGUGUAAAUGUGAAUUAAAAAUAAUCUGAGGCCAGUCAAUGUGAAUACUUUACACCAGUCAUAACCAUCAGAAGCACUGAACACUGAAAUUAAUAUCUGCCCAAAUACUUAAUUUCAGUCUAUUAUAACAUUUAUAAAAUAGUUAGUUUUUAAAAUUUUGUUUACAAAUGACUCCAGGCAUGCUUUGUAAUGUGGGCCGCUGUGAUCGAUAGGGAGCAUGGCAGUGUAGGCCUCAUGACCACCGGCCAAACAAAAACCAGAUGGGACGUUGGGCCCGACUCCGGCAUCGGUCUCUGAGUGAGAGGCGCGCUGCUCUCUCCUGGCAGCCCGAAACGCGGCGCGGUCGAUGGAAAACCCCCACGCCUGGAGAGACCAAACGAGUCAAACGAAGCGUGGGAUUCAGAGUAGCAGCAGACCCGUAGGGUGCAGGCCCCCAGGCUUGGCUGGAGGUCAGGGAAUAGACACAGCGGCGGGAGGUCAAACACAAAGGGUUUCGCUCGAGCCGGAGGAGACCCCCUGCCGUUAUGCUGUCAAAACACGCCCCACCUUCUCCUGUCAGUCUUGCUUUAUUUUACUGGGGCAGCCAAGCAUUAUGGGCAAUUAGCACUCUUCCUUGGGAUGGCAGUGUGGGAAGGUCAUGCUUGUUUCUGCCACUCUUCUCUUCCAUGGAGUUUGUUCAGUGCAAUUCAGUGUAGUUUGUACAGUGCAGUUCAGUGUAGUUUGUACAGUGCAGUUCAGUGUAGUUUGUACAGUACAGUGCCGUGUAGUUUGUACAGUACGGUGCCGAGGAGUUUGUACAGUUCAGUGCAGUAUAGUCAGUAUAAAUACUACAUACUUCACAGGAAGGGUUCUAAUAGAUACUGCAGUGGUCAACAGCUUAGAAGACUUUUUGAAUAACAAUGGCAAUCAAGAUUACUGAACCACACUCUGAAGCGAGCAAAGAUUUCUCUGUUGGUUAGGCAGUCUGCCUGUCUCUUUCUCUCUCUCAUAAGGGAGACCUUCUGAUUGAAUUAAUAGCACAGAGCAUAAAGCCUUCAGAUGAACUCUAGUUGUUUUUGUCUUCUGUGGUAAAUUAUGUCUCUCCUGUGCCUCGUUUCUUUUAAGCUAGGAGAUCUUCAGAGACCCGCACGUUUCAUAUUUCCAUGGCUUUUUAAAAAUUUACGAAUAUCAAAUUUGUGCAUAACAAAUACCGCAGGACAACAAUGCAAUUAGUGAUAUGAACUGCAUGUUAUGAUCUAACUCUUGCACUGAGUGCAUGGCCCCAAAGCUUCUGCUUUUCUCUGCCAAAAGUACUGCUCCGGAACAAGCCGGCUUAAGCAGCUUCAGCACUCAAAGCUACCUUCAAAGGCCAGCGUAGCGAGGAAAUUCUCACCUGCCAAUUUCCUUUAUAAUGAUACGGGUGAGGGAAUGCAACGUCUCGAGCCUGGUUUGUGAAAGCCUGAGUCGACUGUAGCAAAAGUGACAUUUUCUUUUUUUAAAAUUUUUUUAUACUUCCCUGGAUAACAUCACGGCUGAGUCAUUACCCACCAGAAGUCAUCCGUGCCAGUGCUGAUGCGUGGGUUGGUUAUUAUAUAAAAGCCUUGGCUGGCACGGUUCCAAAAUCGAACCACUUCGGCGGUUUUUUAGUAGCUGCGAAAGCUUAGAUGUAGCUUCGCGGGGGGCCUGAAUCGGGGCAAACGGUAAAGCCGUACAGCAGAUGGAUAAGUCAUUGACAGGCGUUGGGCUUCAGCUAACUCGGUAACCGCAAAAAUGCGCUCCGUUGGACACAGGUCAAGGAAUACCUCCACGAGGCCAUAUGGUAUUCAAAUCGGUGUUUGGACUUGCAGGCAGUUAGACAUGCAAGUUUCUAAUUCAUCACUGCCAAUGGCGGUGCGUGACUUUCCGAGCUUCACAGGAGUUUUGAAAAUUCCGGGGGAGAGCAUUACUCUCUCUGUCCUGGGAAAGGUAAACAGGUGAAGGUGGUGGAAUGCCUGUCAUACUGUAGAUUAUUUUCCCAGAGUCACCACAGAGGUACUCAUACAGCAUGUUUAAAAAUCCAAAUUAAAUCAAACGUUUGUGAGACGUCCUCCGAAGGCGAUCAUUUUUCAGUUCUAUGAGCACAAGGUACAGGCCGUUGGUUAAUUGUGUAAUAAUAUGUCGGGGACAGUGUAGGGGCUGGGAUGACUCUGAAGCCCAUAUUCACACUGUUCUUAAUUAAAGUAGCGGUGCUGAAUUGAGAUCAGGUUUGCCUUUUGAACUCAGAAUGAAGACUGAUAAGGAGGGAUCCCAGAUCAGAACUCCUACUCUGAGAUGCUUUGUGAAUAUGAUAGAUUAUUAAUGAAUAUUUACAUAUUUUUCUCAAAAAAAUCUAUGAAUAAAAUGUUUUAUUGAGGUUUUAGAUUUCAUUUGAAUACUACUGUAACUUUUUUCUGAUCAACUUGUGUGAUAAAAUCUUUUGAAACAUCCUAAUCUAAAGCCAUAUACUCAUGGCCAUAUGAACAUGUUUGUGUGUGUUUUUGAGUGUGCAAAUGUGUAUGUACUAUAUAUCUGCAUGCAUGCGUGUUUUAUAAAUGUGUGUUUUGGAAGGACAGUAAAUUGGGGUAGUUUGGAUAUAUUCAGGCAGGCCCAUGUUAAGAGAUCAGUGAGUUGAGGAACAUUCCCUGCUGUCUAUGGGGACUCCUGAUGGGGAAUAGGGGGUAUUCCUGCUCUGUCCUCCUAGCCCUGUAGAGCACGGGAAAGCAGCGCGAUGCUAACGGUGUUCUCCCCCUCCGCGGCAGCCUGCAGCACAGAGACGGAGACCGUGUGCAGGGACUGCUGAUGGGGAACGGGGGUUUUCCUGCUGUGUCCUCCUAGCCCUGUAGAGCAGGGGAAAGUGGCGCGAUG